GGAGGUUUUGGGCGAGGCGUGGGAGAGAUUUGUGCUUAUUGUAGUCGAAAUACUACAAUUAUUUAUUCCUAAAUGGAGGCAUGUUAUACAGCAACAUACAUGCCACGAAUCGAAAGAACACUACUCGAUUCAUAUAGUUCCGAUAAGUGUUAAUUAUCAUUUAACACGUCAGUGCAACUACAAAUGUGGUUUUUGCUUUCACACAGCGAAAACUUCUUUUGUGUUACCCCUGGAAGAAGCGAGAAAAGGUCUUCGGAUGCUUAAAAAGGAAGGUAUGCAGAAAAUUAAUUUUUCUGGAGGAGAGCCAUUUCUACCUGACAGAGGUCAUUUUCUUGGUGAACUUGUGCGCUACUGUAAGGCGGAGCUCUCUCUACCCAGUGUUACCAUAGUCAGCAAUGGCAGUACAGUCAGUGAAGCAUGGUUUAAGAAAUAUGGAAAAUAUUUGGACAUCUUGGCUAUUUCAUGUGAUUCAUUUGAUGAAGAAACUAACUGCAAUAUUGGAAGAGGGAGGGGUACCCACAUUAAGAAGCUGAUGAAAAUUCGUGACUGGUGUCAUCAGUACAAUGUAGCAUUUAAAAUCAAUACUGUGGUGAAUACGGAGAAUCUGGAAGAAGACAUGUCAGAUAAUAUUGUGGCACUGAGGCCUGUACGUUGGAAGGUUUUUCAGUGUCUGCUGCUUAAAGGAGAAAAUGUUGGGGAGAAUGCUCUUCGGAAUGCAGAAAAGUUCUAUGUGACAGAUCAGCAGUUUCAAAAUUUCUUGGACAGACAUAAAAAUGUACCUGUUCUGGUCCCUGAAAGUAACCAAAAGAUGCAGAAUAGUUACCUCAUACUGGAUGAAUAUAUGAGGUUCCUAGAUUGCACAAGGGGGGACAAAAAGCCAUCACUUUCCAUUUUGGACAUUGGUGUAAAGAAUGCACUUAACUUCUCAGGUUUUGAUGAAAAAAUGUUCAAGAAGAGAGGUGGAGUGUAUAAGUGGAGCAAGGCAAGCAUGAACCUUGAUUGGUAAAUGACUGUUACAUGAUGGAUUGAAGGAAAUCUGCCUGACCUUUCUGCAGUACAAAAAUUUCCAGUAUGAAUUUUGACUGGUGAAUGAUUAUUAGAUGUUAGAUGACUGAUGAAAUAAGUCUGCCUGACCUUGCUGCAGUACAAAAAUUUCCAAUACCCUCUGAAAUGCAGUGUGUGUGUGUGUGUGUGUGUGUGUGUGUGUGUGUGUGUGUGUGCGCGCGUGUUUGUCAGGGGAGUAACUAGGGUGGGGCAACUAUAGGACAUGUCCUGAGGACUGCAAGAACAAGGGACCCUCUUGCACCCAAAAGAAAGAACAAGAAAAAAAAAUUGGAAUAAAUUAAAAUGCAAAGGAAAACUGGAAAAAUAGAAAUAAUGACGUACAUCAAUAUAUGUUCUUUCCUUCAUUCUCCCAUGUAAUAAAGAUAAUCAAAGUGUUAUUUAAAGAAAAAAGACCUGUUUGCUUUCAGAAGUUUUAACGCUGCACAUGCCAACGGCCAUCUAUCCGAUGGAGUGAAAAACACGAUUCAUCUGGAAAGGCCACCUGUCGCCACUCAGUGGAUGUUCAGUUACAGUAUUGGCGUGCAAAUUCCAGCCUUUGUUGCCAACGAAUAGCACUUAGCUUGCGUUCAUGAACCAGACACCUGCUGCGGAGACCAAUUCACUUACAUCUGUUCACCCGUACACAUCUCAGCCGCAGUCGUUCGCUCCUGCCGACUACCGCCCGUAGUGCACCACAGUUGCCUUGGUGCCAGUUGUGGAUAGCACCUUUCUGCCAUGAAUGGUAUAGUUUAACCAUGGUGGCACAUGAUCAGUUUACAGACAUAGCCAUUUUGAAAAUACUUCCACUCUUGGCCCGAAAGUCGAUGAUCAUGCCCUUUCCAGUGUCAGAUACAUUGCUCCACUUCCACAUUACGACAAUGACUGCACUGUUUUCCAUGUCUUCUGUGACAUGAUCUGUAUAUCCUUCACUGCUAGUGCUACCACCUGCCGUCUGCGAGUGGCUACUGCACAUUGACGUUGAACGAGCAAUCGGUUAUAUUAAUGUGACUGGACUGUGUAUUACAUGUUUCUGUGCACUACAUGUUUGUCCACUACAAGUAAGUGGUUGCCUUUCCCUUAUUUUACAUAUUUUUGCAUCCAGAAAUAUCCAUUAUUGUUAUACAGUGAAAGAAUAUGAGAUGAACUGUGGACAUUUUAGUGAGUAUAUAAAGCGGAAGAGAGCAGAUCUGAUGGAGGAAGCAGGGAGCCCCACUUAGAUACUUGUUCCAGGGUCCCCACACCUGUAGUUACACCCAUGGUGUGUGUGUGUGUGUGUGUGUGUGUGUGUGUGUGUGUGAGAGAGAGAGAGAGAGAGAGAGAGAGAGAGAGAGAGAGAGAGAGAGACUUAAUUGGUAUAGGUAGUUGAAAACAGUAUUUUUCAUCUUCAUUUCUCAUCAACUUGAAGGUAACAUAGAGCAUGAACUGAAGAAAAAAUGAACAAUCAAUUUACUGUGACAACUAAGUGGCUUGAUGGAGUACUAAAAGAUGCUGUUCCAUCACCAGAGGUUAUAGAAGCAAAGGUAGCCAGAAAACACCUAAGAGUGAAUGAGGAUUUCGCCCCAAACAUCUUGAUUUGUGGUGUAACAUUUACCAAUUAGCCAAUGAGCCACAAGUAGGUGUCAUAAUUGUUUUAGUUUUAAGUUAGAUCACACAUCACUGAUAUUAUAUUCAGCAGCCAAGACUGAUCUGUCUAAUUUUUUAUGUAGAAAGUAAUCAAUCAUUAAAUUUUGUAAAACAGCAAAAUAUAGCUCAGCAUUAGAAAUUAUAUUUUUUUGUUGUUGUUUUGUAAAGAGUAUAGUGU